UCAGCUGUCAGUGAUGUGGACACGGGGGAGCAAACACGCUUUAAAUUUGAGGAGUUAAAUGAGAUACCUUCCUGUCUGCAGACGCCCCAAACCGAAGCCACGAUGUUGUUACUCACUUUUCUUGUGUUGGUGGGAACUAGUGCUGCCCUCGGCUUUGAUGAUAAGAUCGUUGGUGGCUACGAGUGCAGGGAUCACUCUGUCCCCUGGCAGGUGUCACUCAACAACGGCUGGCACUACUGUGGAGGAACCCUGAUCAAUGACCGCUGGGUCGUCAGUGCUGCACACUGCUAUAAGGGUGAGGAUAUCGAGCUGCGUCUAGGCGAGCACCACAUCGGGUACAAGGACGGCCCCGAGCAGUUCAUCGCCCCCGCUGUCAUCAUCCGCCACCCAGAGUACGACCGUUACACCAUCAACAAUGACAUCAUGUUGAUUAAACUUGCAGAGCCAGCAAAGAUUAAUGAGUACGUCCGGCCCAUCGCCCUCCCCAGCGGCUGUGCCCCUGCAGGCACCCAGUGUCUGGUCUCUGGAUGGGGAGCCACUCAGAGCCCCUUCGGCUGUACGAAAUGCCUGCACUGCCUGGAUCUGCCCAUCCUGCCCCAGCAGGACUGUGAACGCUCCUACCCAAACAGGAUCACCUCCUCCAUGUUCUGUGCCGGCUUCCUGGAGGGAGGAAAGGACUCCUGCCAGGGAGAUUCUGGUGGCCCUCUGGUGUGUAAUGGGGAGCUCCAGGGUGUGGUGUCCUGGGGAUGGGGCUGUGCUGAAGAAAACCGUCCCGGUGUUUACGCCAAGGUCUGCCAGUUUACUGACUGGAUCCACUCCACUAUGGCCUCUCACUGAAGUCCUUUAGGCAGAGGAAAGAUCAAAUCUGUCUCCUGAUGCUGUUCGUUUAAUGUCAAAACACUUCUCCGUAUUAUAUGAGGUGCAUAUUAUGCAGCUUUACCAACCACUUCAUGACUUAUUUGACUGUUUGUGGGCCAUGUUUUAACAAUGACAAUAAAAUAUCAUCAUGAGUAAGACGCUAA